GAUUGUUUAGUAAGAUGGUAUCGAAUGCAAGGGUUUGAUGUUUCAUGGAUACCUGGAACUGAUCAUGCAGGUAUAGGAACACAAUCUGUAGUGGAAAGAUAUCUUUACAAUAAAAAAUUUCUUACUCGUCAUGAUCUUGGAAGAGAAAAUUUCACAAAGAAAGUUUGGGAAUGGCGUGAACUACGUUUAGGAGCUUCAUUAGAUUGGGAUAAUUUAUUCUUUACAAUGGAUCCAAUAAGAUCAAAAGCUGUUAAUAAUGCUUUUAUUCGAAUGUUUAAUGAUGGAAUGAUUUACAGAGACACAAGACUUGUAAAUUGGUGUUGUGCUUUAGGAACUGUUAUUUCUGAUAUCGAAUCACUUCACGGUAAAGAAGUAAUUCAUCCUUUACUAAACAAAAAAAUGCCAAUUAUAUGUGAUGCUGAACUUGUUGAUAUGGAAUUUGGAACAGGUGUUGUUAAG